AUGUUUCUUCAAGCUGAGACCCAAUUCGGUCUCAAUUUCUUGAAAACAUUGCCUGCUUACAAUGAAUCACUGGUUUUCUCCCCAAUAUCCAUUGCUCUCGUCCUCUCAUUAGUACAUACUGGAGCACGUGGAAAAUCCAAAGAACAGAUUGGAGAUGUUUUGUUGACUGGAGCCAGUGAUGAUCAAUAUGUUAAUCAUUUUUCGUUCAUCAAUGAAAAUAUCAGGAAAGGAGAGAACGGUGUGGAAAGCUACAUCGCGAAUAGAGUUUACUUGAAAAAAGGUUUCACUGCGAACCCGUCUUUCCUCUCGGUCGCUCUCAAAAACUAUGGAGCUGACGCCAAGACUUUAGACUUCACGACGCUCACGGCAGUUCGAGAGAUCAAUACUUUUGUGAAGGAAGCAACUAAAGGAAAAAUCACGGAAGUCGCUACUAAGGACACAGUUAAAGAUGCCUUGGCUCUUCUGAUAAAUGCGAUUUAUUUCAAAGGAGACUGGCAAGACAAGUUUGAUGGAUUUUCAGUUGGAGACUAUGACUUCACAACAUAUUCGGGAGCGGUGAAGAGCAUGAAGUUCAUGAGAGAGUUCUCGAGUGACCGUCACUAUUCUUCUGAUGACAUCUUUCAAGUUUUGCAUUUGAAAUAUGCAGAUGAACGUUUCCGCUUCUCAGUUUUCCUACCAAAAGAGAAAAAUACACUGAAGCAGGCUUUGGGAAAAUUAGAUGCAAAGAGAUUUCAGUAUUUGAUUCAAAACUACAAGAAGACAUUUAUGAAUACCGAUCUUCCAAAGUUCACCGUGGAGAAAGAGAUUAGUCUGAAGAGAAGCUUAGAGAUUCUGGGAAUCACUGAAAUCUUCUCAGACUCAGCAAACUUGUCAGGAUUGGCAGAGAAUAUUAAGAUUUCUGACGGAGUUCACAAAGCAAUCAUUGAGGUCAAUGAAGACGGCACGACCGCAGCUGCAGUGACGUCGGUUAAGGCUGUUCCCAUGUCAAUGAGAAUGGACACUCCAGUUGAUUUCAAAGCGAAUCACCCAUUCUUAUUCACUUUGACCUUCUUGGGUCAUCCAAUUUUUUUGGGACUUUUCAAUGAAUAA